CCAGUGCUUAGGAUGUUGUUCCUGGCGCCGCGCAAACAUCUGUUUGCCACCAAUCUGAUCAUCCUGCUGAUGAUCUAUGUGAUGCGCAAGUGCCUGCAGCUCUUUUGCAUACUCGAGAAUCGCACUCAGCAGCAGCAGCAGCAGCAGGAGGAGGAGGAGGAUUCCCCAUUGAUGGAGAGACGCGGCGGCUUCAAGAUCAUACCCGAUGCCAUGCACAAGAGCAUGCACGGCUUUGGCUAUGGCGAGGGCCACUACCAGAUCUUCGUGGAGAAGAAGGAGCGAAAUCUGCCCACCCAUUCGCGCCUCAAUGCGGCCACAGCUGAAGUGAAGCUGAAUCCCAAUUAG